AUGUCGGCCGAUGGAAGCGGCGGCCUUGUCGGAAUCAAGAUGGGAUCCGCAGCAGAGCGGCGGACGUUUGAAAUGAUUGACGACGAGGACGAGCAGGCGCGUCAGGACCUCGUCAAGUAUGGCAACGAGAACGACAAACGCGACAUGGCCCGCAUGGGCAAGAUUCAGGAGAUGAGGCGGAACUUCAAGUCCCUUACCGUGUUGGGGUUUUGCGCCAUUCUCAUGUGCUCAUGGGAGUCACUCCUCAGCACCGCGUCGCUUGCUCUCACAAACGGCGGCUCGGCCGGCCUCAUCUACACAUGGCUCAUUGCGUGGGCGGGCUUCAACGCCGUGUAUGCGUCCAUGGCUGAGAUGGCGUCUGUGGCGCCCACCACCGGCGGCCAAUACCACUGGGUGUCCGAGUUUGCGCCGCCCGGCUACCAGGCCGUCCUGAGCUACGUUGUCGGCUGGCUGGGCGUGCUUGGCUGGCAGACGCUCGUCACCUCGAUUGCCUUUCAGGCGGGCACCGAGAUCCAGGGCCUGCUGGCGCUCAACUACGACAACUACGUGUUUGAGCGCUGGCAUGGCACCAUGUUUGUCAUUGCCAUUAUCGUCUUUGCGUUGUUCUUCAACACGCUGUUGGCGUCGCGGCUCAAUCUGGUCGAAGGUGCGAUUCUCGUCGUUCACAUCUUUGGCUUCUUCUGCAUGUUGGUGCCGCUGUGGGUUCUCUCGCCGCGGACGCCCAGCAGAAUCGUAUGGACCGAGUUCCACGACGGCGGCUGGAAUAACACGGGACUGUCAACCUUGAUUGGUCUCAUUACCAGCGUCUUGCCCCUGCUCGGCGCAGAUGCAUCUGUGCACAUGGCGGAAGAGGUGCAGGAUGCGGCACGGACGCUACCACAAAGCAUGAUGUGGUCCAUCAACCUCAAUGGCUUGAUGGGCUGGCUUACAGCCAUUACUUUUUGCUACUGCAUCGGCGAUCUCGAACAAGUGCUUAAAACCAAGACUGGAUAUCCAUUUAUUCAAGUCAUUUUUAACGUGACCAAGUCGUACCCCGCCACUAAUUUUCUGACGUCGGUCGUCCUGCUCAUGAACACGUUUUCCUGCGUGACCAUCAUGGCCUCUGCCUCUCGGCAGAUGUUUGCAUUUGGCCGCGACAAGGGCCUCCCCUGCUCGGGCUGGCUCUCGCAGGUCCAUCCCACGCUAGGCGUCCCUGUCAACGCCGUCGUUCUGUCGACGGUGAUUUCGAUACUGCUAUCCCUGAUCAAUAUCGGCAGCACCGUCGCAUUCAACAGCCUCGUGUCCCUGGGCUCCGGCACGCUCAUGGUCUCGUACAUUGUCUGCAUCGGCUGCUUCGCGUGGCGCCGGUGCCAGGGCGGCCCCGAGGCCCUCCCGCCGGCCAAGUUCUCCCUCGGCGCCUGGGCCCUGCCGGUCAACAUCAUCGCCAUCUGCUACCUCUCGCUCGUCUUCAUCAUCGCCUUUUUCCCCGCGGUGCCGCUGCCGACGCUCGACGCCCAGUCGAUGAACUGGUCGUCCGUCAUCUUCACCAUGGUCGUGAUAUGGGCCAUGGCAUAUUACUUUAUAUGGAGCCGGCAUGUAUAUGAAGGCCCCGUCAAGUUUGUACAGAAGCCAGGGGACGCGCCAGAUUUGAGCCGCGGCAGUCAGCAAUCAAGGACCCUGUAA